ACUUGAUUUACGGUACAAAAUGAGUGCGUGUUGAAGGUUUAUUAGUUAUUUAUAAGGGAAAGUCGGUUAUUGAUUCACAUACGAAGUCAGGUCAUGUAAAAAUUUGAUAUGAAGACAAAUGGCCAGCUGUUUGAAGUCAAAUAAUUAGAUAUUCAGUUGCGUGAGUUUUGUGAAUGAUAUUCUGGCCGAAAACAAAGUGAAUUUGAACAUUACUAAAUAUAAAUUAUUGUAAUUACUGUUACCCGUUCUUACUUUUUUCAAAAUGCUUGCGACAGUAGUUGCGCACAGAUCCAACAUGUCAGCAGAAGCAACAAAUGGCAGCAGCCCCGCUCCCGCCGCGGAACCACCAGUCGCUGAGGUCGCACAAUUGGCUUUGGACGAUGAGCCCAAAGUUAGUUUUGCCGAUCAGUUCAAAGCCUUCUCCAAAUUCGGUGAUACAAAAUCCGACGGCAAAUUGAUUACACUGUCGCAGAGCGAUAAAUGGAUGAAGCAAGCUAAAGUAAUCGACAAGAAGAUCACCACUACUGACACGGGCAUACAUUUCAAGAAAUUCAAGGCAAUGAAAAUCUCACUUGCCGAUUAUAAUAAAUUCCUGGACGAUUUGGCUAAGGCGAAAAAGGUCGAAUUGAGUGAAAUUAAAUCGAAGAUGGCGGGUUGCGGCGCUCCCGGUGUGCUGCAGGUUUCGGCUGGCAAAGCCGCAUCGGCCGUGGAACGUCUCACCGACACCAGCAAGUAUACGGGAUCUCACAAAGAACGCUUCGAUGCCACGGGCAAGGGCAAAGGCAUUGCUGGUCGCAAAGACUUGGUGGAUGCAUCUGGCUAUGUAUCCGGCUACCAGCACAAGGACACAUACGACAACGCUCAUUAGAAGCAAUAAAUUGACACGCAUUAAUAUAUAAUCUUUAAAAAAUUGUAUGAUUAAAAAUCACAAAAAGGCACAAAUGAACAUAAAUGUAGAUUUUUAGAUGCCACAAUCCUUUGUAACGCAAUUUUUUUAAUAAUCAAGCUUAAAUAGUUUAUAUUAUAUGUAAAGCGACACUUAUGUAACAGAACGUAUUAAUUUACACACAACUUGUGGUCACCCUUCCCAGCAAAGUGUUGAAUUUUUGUGAUACUUUAAAUUAAUAUUAAACGAAUAAAAUGUUCUAAAAUAAUUUAUUUAUUAAAGAUUGGCUCUCAUCUCACUCGAUUUGGCGUUUUAUUUUUCCAUGUCAACAUCACAAGUAGUAUACUCGAAACACAUACACCUGUACACAUGUAUAUACCCUACAAAGAUUUUUCGAAAAGUUUUGGAAUCACUGAAAUACACAAAAAUUUAUAUAUGAAGAAAUUAGAAAUAGUUGUUACAGUGAAAAUUGAAAGAAAUUUAGAAUUAUUUACAAGCAAAAACAAAGAAAAUUUAAAUAAUGUUGUAAAAACAGUUGAAACCCUGUCGUUUAUUGCGAAAACUACCUUUUGAGAUGCCCAUAUUUGUUUAUACUCGUACAAAUUUAUACGACAUGAUUUCAUAUUUCGAAUAUUAGUGAUAUAUUAUGUGUAUCAAUAUUAAAUGAAGCCUUCUUAUCAAUAAAAUAUGCAGUUUAAAAUCAAAACA